CAGCGAUCGUUGUCAGUCUGAGCUCAACUUAGAAACCACGAAUCAUGGCAGAAGUAGCUCCAGCUCCAGCCGCCGCCGCCCCGGCCAAAGCAGCCAAGAAGAAGGCGGCUUCCAAGCCGAAGAAGGUCGGCCCCAGCGUCAGGGAACUCAUCGUUCAAGCCGUGGCCGCGUCCAAGGAGAGGAGCGGCGUGUCGGCGGCCGCCGUCAAGAAGGCUCUGGCUGCCGGAGGCUACGACGUGGACAAGAACAAGGUCCGCGUCAAGACCGCCAUCAAGACUCUGGUGUUGAAAGGAACUCUGGUCCAGACCAAGGGAAGCGGGGCCUCCGGAUCUUUCAAGAUGAACAAGAAGGUAGAAGCCAAGAAGCCAGCACAGAAGGCCGCUCUUAAAGCCAAGAAGCCCGCCGCCAAGAAACCCGCAGCGGCCAAAAAGCCCAAGGCAACGGCAGCUAAGAAGCCAGCAGCUGCUAAAAAGUCUCCUAAGAAGGUGAAGAAACCGGCAGCGGCCAAGAAAGUAGCCAAGAGCCCCAAGAAGGUGGCGACCAAGAGCUCCAAGAAGGUGGCAACCAAGAGCCCCAAGAAGGUGGCAGCGAAGAAGGUGGUGAAGAAGGCUCCAGCAGCCAAGAAAUCUCCCGCCAAGAAGGUCGCCAAACCCAAAGUGAAGAAGACAACAGCCAAGAAGAAGUGAGCUGUCCUCACUGAGACAUGUCCAUCCUGUUCAAAGGCUCUUUUAAGAGCCACACACUUGUGUCCGCUAAGAGCUCAGCCAUCUUCUCUAAUAUUAUUGAUGAUUAUUAUUAUUAUAAUAUAGUAUUUUGUGUACAUAUAAAAGCUGAUGUCUAUAAUAUUCAUUGAAUAUAUGGUGCAACAUAUAUUAUUUUAAUUAAAUGUUUUUAGAAGUACAAAGUAAUAACUGCUUUAUUCAAUGUGUCAUGUGCUCUACAUCACUUGACUAUAGACGUGAGAGAUUAUGACAUUGUAUUUACACUCAGACCUCAGAAUAAUCAAAUGUGUAAUAACUGAAGAGAGACAAUGUAACAAGUAAAACAUGUAAUACUCGUGUAUUACAGGGUUUAGAAAGUCAUUGUGUUCUUGAUCAACAGACAUUUGAGGUAUCACAUAAUCAUAUACUGUGCCCUGUUAAUACAAAUAUUGAAAUGACUUACACACCAAAGACUUGCAGAGAGAAACACAACAGUGUUCCACGUAUAUAUUUAUAUGUUAUGUAUAACGUAUAACAUAUGUAUAUGUACAUUGUGUUGCAUUGUUUCUUUCACUUCCCUCUUCAUUGUAUCAGUCUCAUCUUAAUGACUGAAUCAUGUGUUAAUGUAUAUUUUCACUACACUAACACAGUAUAUUUGAUGUAUAUAUAAAAUGAUGCAUGACAUCAUUCACAACAUAUUGUGAAUGGAAUAUAUUGUUUGAUGUUUAUUAUAUAUCAUUAUUAAUAAACAUCAACAUACAUAUACCUGCAAAUGAACGGUGAAAAUACAUUUACCAAAUAAA